AGACCAAUUUAUCCUUUCUAAUAUUCUCUUUUAUUUUAGUCCCAUUCGCCGUCGCUUCUCCACGUCUCAACUGCUGACCGGCGACCGGCGACCGGCGGAACAACAAGAAAAUUCCCAGCCUAUUUUACACGCAGGCCAUAUUCGUCGUGGUUAUUAUAUCCUCCGAAGCAGAUCUCCGUGGAAAAUACUCUUCACCAGCAACAUGUCUAGUAAGACCGAUAUUGCUUUACCGUUGGAUAAGUUGUGUUUGGAUUUAAUAAAACAAAUGGAGGGGCAACUAAGUCCUGAGAGGAAAAGGACAUAUGCAGUUCUUGUAUCAACAGGAAGUUUCAAUCCUCCAACUUAUAUGCACUUGCGCUGUUUUGAGUUGGCAAGAGAUGCAUUGACUUCAGAAGGAAUUUGUGUGAUUGGAGGUUACAUGUCACCUGUAAAUGAUGCAUAUAAGAAGAAGAAUCUUAUAUCUGCUGAGCAUCGUGUUGCAAUGUGCCAGUUAGCCUGUAAAAGCUCAGAAUUUGUUAUGACGGAUCCCUGGGAGGCAAAUCAGGAUAGCUAUCAACGAACAUUGACGGUUCUCUCCAGAAUAAAAAGCGCUAUCAGUGGUGGAAGUUUGACAUCCACCGAUGACCUCAUGGUUAUGCUGGUAUGUGGUUCUGAUCUGCUAGAAUCUUUCAGCACACCUGGUGUUUGGAUACCUGAGCAGGUCAGGGCCAUAUGUAGAGACUUCGGCUUGGUUUGUGUCCGAAGAAGUGGCCAGGAUGUUGAAAAAAUCAUCACCGGUGACGAUAUUUUGAAUGAAUAUAAGAAGAAUAUCCGAGUCGUGGAUGAAGUAGUACCAAAUGGAAUCAGUUCAACGGGACUAAGGGACUGCAUCUCAAAAGGGUUAUCAGUGAAAUACUUGACAGCUGAUGAAGUAAUUGAUUAUAUCAAACAACACAAUCUUUACAAAGGGCAAUAAUCCAACAACUGACUCCAAUUGUAAUUUUUUUUUAAAAAAACAAGUGCAAGUACAUAUCCUACUACUUCAUGUGAUUAAGAACACACAUAAAAUCCAAGUUCUCAUUAAAAGUGCAUCUAUAUAUGAAGCGUCCACUUGAAACUUCACUAGA